AGGAGACUGACAAAUCGUGACAGAUUGUUUAUGCUUGGCAAUUAGCGACGCAGACGCUUUUCCUGAGAACUGACUACACAGCGAAAAAGCCUCCCUCUCCACGCCUGCCUUAUUACAGCCCUGCACUCCAAUCUGGUCACAUAAACAUGAGGAUACCGUCACAUUAGGGCGCACCGCACUAACUUUUUGUAACUCUUACCACUUUACCCACGAGAGUCAACGAGCCACCUCACCCGUGCCAGUCGGACCUGUAUGGCCCCAUCGAUCGCCAUGUCAGCCCUGACUGCUGCUCUGAAAACUGAAGAUCUUCCUCCACGCGCGGUUCUCGUCAGCAGAGGCGACAUGCAGACCAGUCUGAGCCCCGCAGAGGACACAGUGAAGCCCAAAGUUGCUAUUUUGCCCUUCAGUGUCGAGGCGCUGAUGGCUGAUAGGAAACCUAGCAGAGAGGUGGCAUCCCCGGAUGGCACCACGUCCGUUCCCGGGACGUCCCAAGUGCUUGGGAAGAGCCCGAGGAUGGGCUCGUUCGGUAGUCUGGAUACUUCGGUUCCUGCUUUAGCCAUGAGCUCGUCUUUUUCAGUGGGGGACAUCAUGGGCAUGCCUGAAGACGUGUUGAUCAAACCCGAGAGUCCGGACAGCAACGACAGGUCGUCAUGGAUGCAAAGUCCUCGGUUUUCUCCUACACCUCCACGUAGAUUGAGUCCUCCAGCCUGUCCUUUAAGAAAACACAAGACGAACAGAAAACCCCGGACCCCCUUCACCACAUCCCAACUGCUGGCCUUGGAGAGAAAGUUCCGACAGAAGCAGUACCUCUCCAUCGCCGAGCGCGCAGAGUUCUCCAGCUCCCUUAACCUGACGGAGACUCAGGUCAAGAUCUGGUUUCAGAACAGGCGGGCCAAAGCCAAGCGGCUGCAGGAGGCAGAACUUGAAAAACUGAAAAUGGCAGCUAAGCCCAUGUUGCCUCCAGCUUUCGGGAUUUCCUUUCCUCUCGGUGCGCACGUGCCCGCGUCUUACGCAGGGUCGCAUCCGUUCCAGAGGCACUCGUUGCCGGUUUCCCCCAUGGGACUGUACGCGGCUCACGUCGGAUACAGUAUGUACCACCUUGCCUGACAGAGACGCAGGACCAGGGGCACGUGCAGAGGGACACGACUACUUUCUAAGGGCCCUCAGUUGUAAGGGGGCACUUCGAAUAGCCUAGGUGAUGUGACGUUUUACUUAAUAAAGAGGCAUCCUGGUGGUGAGCUCAGAGUCACAUCUACUCAGGGGGCAAGACCCUCAAACAAAUUCCCCUCUGAGGACCCUGAAGUGUAUUCACUUAUCUUGACCUCGACAGUAAGUUCACACACUGCGAACAAAUAAUCCAAAUGUAGAAUUCAGUCCUGAGUCUUAAAUUGUCAGAGGACUUUGAAAUAAUAAUGCCACUCAAGAACUUAUUGAUGCCUGCAAACUUUCAUCAUCUGGAGUGUGAGAAUGAAUAACUUGAAGGUGGACAUUUUCUUAGUGCAGGGACAGAAAAAUACCUGGGGGCCUUUUUCACAAAUGGACAAAAAAAGUAUGGCCCCCUUGGCUGUCCAAAAGGUGUCAACACUUCAUGGCUGCAUCCUGCAGGUAAAAAUGGUGUCAUACCAGCGUUACAGCUGUAAAUCAGAGACUGUUGCGCAGCUUGACGUUUGAGCUUUGCUGCCUCACUGCAAAACGCUUUCUCGUUUUUAAACAUCAAAGCGUCCCUAAAGUGGGAAUUCAGUGUCAUUAAAUGCUCUUUGUGAAUUUGGAGAACCACAGCAUUUGUUUUUAUAACAGCACUGUCUGUUGUUGGAAUGAUUCCCUUCGGAAGGGAUAUGUGUACUGUAAAAUAAUGUAUAUUUGAAGAAUAUCCCCAUUUAUAUUAUGAAUAUAUUUGUGACAUAACUUAAUAAAUUGAUUAUUCUUUUUUCAUGAA